AUGAUACUGUCAGAUAGUCGAAUGAUACUGUCGGAUAGUCGAAUGAUACUGUCGGAUAGUCGAAUGAUACUGUCGGAUAGUCGAAUGAUACUGUCUAAUAGUCGAAUGAUACUGUCUAAUAGUCGAAUGAUACUGUCUAAUAGUCGAAUGAUACUGUCGGAUAGUCGAAUGAUACUGUCUAAUAGUCGAAUGAUACUGUCUAAUAGUCGAAUGAUACUGUCUAAUAGUCGAAUGAUACUGUCUAAUAGUCGAAUGAUACUGUCUAAUAGUCGAAUGAUACUGUCUAAUAGUCGAAUGAUACUGUCUAAUAGUCGAAUGAUACUGUCUUAUAGUCGAAUGAUACUGUCUGAUAGUCGAAUGAUACUGUCUAAUAGUCGAAUGAUACUGUCUAAUAGUCGAAUGAUACUGUCUAAUAGUCGAAUGAUACUGUCUAAUAGUCGAAUGAUACUGUCUAAUAGUCGAAUGAUACUGUCUAAUAGUCGAAUGAUACUGUCUAAUAGUCGAAUGAUACUGUCUUAUAGUCGAAUGAUACUGUCUUAUAGUCGAAUGAUACUGUCUAAUAGUCGAAUGAUACUGUCUUAUAGUCGAAUGAUACUGUCUAAUAGUCGAAUGAUACUGUCUAAUAGUCGAAUGAUACUGUCUAAUAGUCGAAUGAUACUGUCUUAUAGUCGAAUGAUACUGUCUAAUAGUCGAAUGAUACUGUCUUAUAGUCGAAUGAUACUGUCGGAUAGUUAA